UUGUUGAAACAGACAACUCUAUUUGUCUUCUUGCUACUGCCAUAGCAUAAUUUAGCAGAAAACACUAAACCUAUCUGGUAAGAAGACGUACAGAUUUGAUGUAAUUUCGUUAUUUGUUACAAAACUGUAGUUGUUGCUUGGAUACAUAAUAUAAUCACCUUUGCUUCUAAUUUACAUUGUUAAAAUGGAAGUUAAAAGUGAAGAACGUGCCUUUGUUGUGGAUGAUGUAAGUGAAGUUAUUAAAGAAGCUAUUGAGAGUACCAUCGGUGGUUAUGCCUAUGAAAUUGAUAAGGUCAACAAUUGGACUGGUCAAGUAGUAGAAAACUGUUUACAUACUUUAACUAAAGAACGAAAACCAUAUAAGUAUAUCGUUACAUCCAUGAUUAUGCAGAAAAAUGGCGCUGGUUUACAUACGGCAAGUUCUUGUUUCUGGGACAAUGAAACGGAUGGUAGUUGCACUGUACGCUGGGAAAAUAAAACAAUGUAUUGCAUUGUUUCAGUUUUCGGUUUGGCGAUUUAAAAUACAAUAUUGUAUAUAGGUACAUGUAUAUAUUGUAUUACCAAUACGAUAUUCAUGUAACAGAAUAAUGGUGGAGGGAUUGAGAGACUAUAGGUACAUACAAAUUAAACAGAAAAUGGGAAGGAUGCACUUUUCAUUAAAUUUAUUUUCAAUUAUUAAGAUCG